CACUGAAACUCACCUUGUGCUCGUCCCGGUGGCGCGUGGGACCACCGGUUCAUUUAACGCGGAACCUUGUCCCGUCGCGUCCCUCCGGUUUGAGACGUCCGAAGCGCGAGAUUAAAAUGCAUUGAAGAGGAGUCUGCGCGAGGCUGAGGAGCAGAGAGGAGAAGGAGCAGAGAGAAGGAGCAGGGAGGAGGAGAAGAGAGCAGGAGCAGAGAGGAGGUGAAUCACCAUGGAAACGCAAUCUGAUCCCCAAUUGGCCAGCCAGACUGGCCAGGCUACGCCCACAGAUUUUUUUCCUGCAGCAUCGCCAAAGACAGGGGGCGGGAUCUCUCCUAACCCACCAAGCUCAUUGGGUGAGGACAGUGCGAGCUACCUGUCGUCCACCAGUAGGAUCGCAGGAUCUCCUGCCCGCAGUGUGCUGCGCUUCGGCAUCAUGCAGACCAGAGUGACCCUGCUGGACGGGGCUGUCUACACCUGUUCUAUAGAGAAGCGCGUCAGAGGUCAAGUUCUGCUUCAGAAGGUGUGUGACCAUCUCAACCUGCUGGAGAGAGACUACUUUGGCCUCACCUACAAAGACUCAGACAACCAGAAGAACUGGUUAGCUCCAGCAAAGGAGAUGAAAAAACAAUUAAGAGGUGUCUCCUGGAACUUCUCCUUCAAUGUUAAGUUCUAUCCUCCUGAUCCUGUUCAGCUGUCAGAAGACCUCACUAGGUACUUCCUGUGUCUCCAGCUGAGAGAAGACAUCGUCUCCGGGAGACUCCCGUGCUCAUUGGCUACUCACAUAGUACUGGGCUCCUACACCGUCCAAUCAGAGCUUGGCGACCAUGACCCUGAUGAGCUGGGCUGUGACUACGUCAGUGAGCUGAGCUUCGCUCCCAGUCAGAACAAGGAGAUGGAGGAGAGGAUAGUGGACCUCCACAAGACCUACAAGGGGAUGACUCCAGCUGUUGCUGAACUUCAUUUCCUGGAGAUUGCAAAGAAACUGUCGAUGUACGGAGUGGACCUUCAUCAUGCCAAGCUCGUAGGAGGUCUGUUUGAUUGCUUGUCUGCAGCCCAAGCAGAGGACUCGGAGGGCGUCUGCAUCAUGCUGGGUGUGUGUAACAGCGGCCUGCUGGUCUACCGAGACCGUCUGAGGAUCAACCGCUUCGCCUGGCCCCACAUCCUGAAGAUCUCCUACAAGAGGAACAACUUCUACAUCAAGAUCCGACCGGGAGAGUUCGAUCAGUUUGAGUCGACCAUUGGCUUCAAACUCCACAACCACCGCGCUGCCAAGAGGCUUUGGAAGGUCUGCGUGGAGCACCACGCCUUCUUCAGGCUCCUUUCUCCUGAGGAACCUCCGAAGAAGUUCGCCCUGGGUUCUAAGUUCCGUUACAGCGGUAGAACCCAGAUCCAGUCUCGGAGGGCCAGCUCACAGAUCGCCCGACAGGCGCCCUACUUCCUGCGACUCUCCAGCAAGAGAUACACCAUGAGCCGCAGUCUGGACGGAGAUGCCACGGGCAGCCCAACUCAAACUCUGAGUGGCUCUCCAGCGGUAGUAGCGCCCCCUGUGGCCGACUGCAGAACACUCUCAGACAUGGGCACCGGGCUGUACAGAGGAUCUAAGGGCCACGCUAUGAGUGACCUGCUGCCCUCCAGGUCCUCCAUGAGGUCAGAGGAGGAGGUGGCCGUGGUCCUACCAGUGGUGGAAGUGGUUCAGCAGAACGACACGAGGAAAGAGGAGGAGGAGAAGAGAAGGAGAGAGGAGAAGAGGAGGCGAGAGGAGGAGAGGAAAGAGAAGAAGAGGAGAUUGAGAGAGGAGGAGAGGAGGAGAGAGGAGGAGGAGAGGAGGAGAGAGGAGGAGAGGAAGAGAGAAGAGGAGGUCUUACAGACAGACGAAGACAAUACUAGAGCUACGGAAACUCAGAACAGCCCAAAGCUUCAGACUGACCUAACAGACACUGGAAUAGAUGGAGACCUCACAGCCACAGAGUCAGAUGAUGACUGGAGAACACAGGAGAGUCCGGAGGAGGUGCAGGGCCACACGUCCACCAUCCAGGCCCUGCGACGCUCCUUCCUGGAGGAGACGGAGGGGGGAGGAGGAGCAGGAGGUCCGACUGAGUGGGAGAAACGCCUCUCCAACUCUCCUCUUCGUAGGCAUGACGACGCUCCAAUGAUAGAACCCCUGGAGCCCGAGGAGAUACCAGAGGAGGAAGUUCAAUCCACCAUUGAUGAGAACCACCCCCUCCCACCUGACAGCAGCUUAACUGUGAUAGGCCAACAGCCCGUUUCAGAGGAGAUGUCCUCGGAGGUGUCGGUGCCUGCCUCCCACGGCCUGGUGAAGACGUCGGAAAAGGUGGAGACCGUCUUCGUGAAGACUGAGUCAAAUGACGAGGACAAGCCAAUAGAAGAGCAGGAUGAAGAGGUUCCUGUGGUGAUGAAGACUCUGACCUAUGAAGCUCCAGGGGUGUGUGCUAACACAGAAACACCACUAGAGGGCGUCCUGAUGAGUUCUCAGACUAUUACUGCAGAAACAGCAAAUACUACGACCACUACACACAUUACUAAGACGGUGAGAGGCGGCAUCUCAGAGACCAGGAUAGAGAAACGCAUCGUGAUCUCAGGGGACACAGACAUAGACCACGACCAGGCCUUAGCGCAGGCUAUCCUAGAAGCUAGACAGCAGCAUCCUGAGUUGUCAGUAACCAAGGUAACCGUCCAUAAAGAGACGGAGGUCUCCUCAGAGCAUCCUCUGCCUUGAUGACAUCACAGGAAUGAAGGCUCACGGCGACGUCAUGGGUGAGGAAGACCGAGGAACCAGUUAAACAGUUUCUACACUACUUCCUGCUCCCCCUUGACGACUGAAAGCACACGCAUGCUUACUUGUAUAUGCACCAUGUCUCUAUGUAUCUACAGAGUGUAAACCGCUGCUUCAUACUAGCACACAGCGCACAACGACACGCACAACUCAGUGGGGCUUAUAGAGGGGUGAGGCUAUAGAUGGGUGAGGGUGUAGACGGGUGAGGUUAUAGAGGGGUGAGGUUAUAGAGGGGUGAGGCUAUAGAGGGGUGAUGGGUGAAGUUAAACAGGGUGAUGGGUGAGGUUAUAGAGGGGUGAAGUUAUAGAGUGGUGAUGGUAGUUAUCCUCAGUUUGUUUUAGUUUCCCUUACAUAAUACAGGGUGGAUCCUUAAAUGUACACAUUUAAAAAAGAAUGUAAUCUUCUGUUGGACCUUUGUAUAAGUAGUUGUCGUUACCCAGGUUCUGCCCCCUCUAAUCCCCAGUUGAACACUGCCCCCUAGUGUCAGGUUACAGUUAAACCCCCCUUUACUGUAAGGAUCGGCUUAAAGUUGAACCACGCCCCUUUUGUCAUGUGACAAUUUAACCAUGCCCCCCCAGUGACUGGUUACUGCUUCCCCAAACUCCUAAUGUCAGGUUUGAUUUAACCACGCCAACUAGUGUCCGAUUACGGUUUGGUCACGCCCCCUAUGGCCAGGCUAACGUUGAACCAAGCCCCCUAUUGGCAGGAUACAGUUUAACCACACACCUAACUCAUUAUACAGUUUAACUCCGCCCCCUCACGUUAGCAUGUAACCACGCCCCCAGUGCCACGUUCAAUUGUAACCACGCCCCAAGUUUCACGUUAGAACGUAACCACGACCCAACUGCGGCCCCUAGUGUCCGGCUACAGUAUAACUAUGCCCCCUAGUGGAAGGUUAGAGUUUAACCAAGCCAAUAUUUAUUAAUUAUUUAAAAUGUUUUCCGAUUUUUUCAUUUGUUUUUUUCUUGGAUUCUAUUAACCAUUAAAAAUGUAUUAACUUCUAUUUAAUCAAAAAUAAAUGAUGCGUACAAUACCUGUCUUCUUUCCAACAUCAUUAAACAUGUUAACAACAUAA